AUGUAUCCAAUACGCAAGUUAGGGUGUUUCUCCACGGUUCCCUCGUUCGGAACAAGCUCUCCGGUAAGCAGUUUGAUCAAGGUGGACUUUCCUGCUCCGUUGGGACCCAGAACAGCCACUCUUGACGAAAGAGACAGCGAGCACGAAACGUUCUUCAACGAAGGUUUCUCGGCAGUAGGGUACUUGAACGUCACAUUGGACAUUCUUGCAACCGCACGCGUGUUCGACUUGACUCCGGUCAAAAUUCCCGGUGGAGGGAACGCCAUCUUCACGUUCGAGUCGGUCAAAGUAGGUGAUGUCGGUGUGUUGGACCAGGUAAUCUUCCAGCCAUUUCACGUUGGCCACGUCCAGAUGGUUAGUAGGCUCGUCCAACAACAGAACGUCGGCUUUCAUCAACAUGGCUCUGGCCAGCUCCAACUUCAUCUUCCAUCCUCCAGACAACGAGCCCACUUGCUGUGCUCUUCUCUCCUCGUUGAAUCCAACCUCUUCCAAAGCGUUGGCGAUUUCCUGUCGAGAGGCGUCCUUCAACUCUGGGUCGGAAGCAAUGAAGUCCACAAGGUCCAUCUCGGCCUCUUCGCCUUGCAACUUGUGCUCAACAAAACAUGUUCUCACCUCAGACUUGUCUGGGAACCCUUCCAACUGGCCGUUGGCAAUGGCUCUCAUCAAAGUACUCUUACCAACACCGUUUCUUCCACAGAGACCGUAUCUGUGGCCCUUGACGAGUCUCAGGUUGGUCUUGUUCAGCAACAGUCUGGUACCGUAGGCAAGAGAGAAGUCUGCAUUCACAAUCACCACGCCGUCCUCGGCUGA